AUGUCUCUAACGCCCACAACCUUUUCCUUGGUCGGAGCGCGGUCAACAUCGCGCUCUGGUACCCCCGCAUCCAAUGCUGGAGUCCCCACUGGCAGCGAAUUCCGCGCUUCGGCUUCCUCUCGCUCUGGUUCGGUGGUGGUCGUUUCCGAUAUCAGUGACGAAGACGACGAAGAGUCUCCCCCUGACACGCCCGCCUCAUAUAAUGGCAUGUCCCAGUUCCACGCCUUUAGAGAGAACCUCGAUAGCGUGGUUUGCGAAUGGAACGAUUGUGGCGAAGUUUUCAUGUACCUGCCACCGCUGAUUGAGCACAUGAGUGCCCAUAUUGGAAUGAACAAGCCCAGUUAUUGCUGUGAAUGGACAAGCUGCGCCAGACGCGGGAUGACACAGACCUCUCGUUUCGCGCUCAUAGCCCACAUGAGAUCGCAUACUGGAGAGAAGCCAUUUAUGUGUGCUCGUCCAGAGUGCGACAAAUCAUUUACGCGGUCAGAUGCUCUCGCAAAGCACAUGCGCCAGCAGCACAAUGUAGAGCCGCCCAAUACUGGCAGGCUCCGCAAAACCAAAUACCCUCGCAUCCAACCACCACUUCCGCCACCCCCACCCCAGCCACAUACACCACCUACAGAGCCUGUUUUCACGUCAUUCAAGCUGCCAGGGCAACCAGAUGUGAACGAGCAGCAGGAGGCAGAAAAUCAGAAGGAAUUAGAGGAGAAAAAAAAGACAGUGCUAACGGAUUCCACCACCCGUACGAGAAGCAGAAGCGGACGAACGCGUGAUCCACCCGACGAGACUAUGGAGGGACAAGCGCCACCACCCACGCAGUCCGGCUCUUCCACUCCAGCCACUCAACCAGCGACUGAAGGGCCGAGUAUGACCAACUCAAAUGGCACCCCAAACGGCCAAAUUCCACAAUUCGAGAUAUCGAUGGACAAUUUAAAUCCAGGAACUGAAUGGCCUCGUCCUGGAUACCCUCCACUCUCACCGCUUCCCGAAGGAGUGCGGACACCACCAUGGCUAACUUACCCUGAUGAUAAUAACGCCACGGACCCGCUACCGCCCCGGCUGCGAAGUCGCGUCGACCCUGACAAUUUUAAAAUAGACGGCCACUCGACUUCCAAGGUCAUGUACCUCAUCACCAAAGCCAAGCACCAAUACGCGUUGCAACGCCACGACGAACUCCGAAAUGAGUUAUACGCUGUGCGGGCUGAGCUGUCAUAUUAUGAAAGCGAGAAGGAGAUAGCCCUCAAUAACUUGAUGCGGGAAUACUUCGGUCCUCGAGCCGAACAUCUUAUUGAAGCUGUACCUCUACCACCCAGCGCUUUACGACCAGAGGUACAACCGACAGAUAUCUUCAAUAACUCGACGGCUGCGUUGAACGCCGCGAAUAUGUUGUCCAAUUAUCGACCUUGGUCAUCACAGCCGACUACUAGCUAG